AAUUCACAUUCUUCAUCUCAACUUUGCCCGUCGCAGUCAUCCGCAUAUUGCUGUGUGUCACUGACACACACUCUCUCUUCUUUCAUUCUUCUUGUUUGAAACCAUUAUUUUAGUUUCUCUUAAUCUCUUCUACCAGACUAGUUUUUUUAGUUGUUUUUCCCUCAUUAUCCUACAUCUCUCAUUCAUAUCUGACAGUCUGGCUUCAUUUAUACAUUUUAUUUGCAUAACCUGAUGCAAUUAGGUGAUACCAGAUGGAGUCAAAGCAUCAUGGACUUCGACCUCUAAGACCCACAAGCCCAGCCAUGCCCUUCGUAGGUUGUCCCCACACAAAUGGAUGUGGAGGCCCAGGUCGGAUGUUGCUACGUGAGAUGCUUUGGCAGUUGGAGCAAAGAGUACUGCAGGUUCAAGAGGAGGAGUUCCAGUACUGCAUCUCCCGUGGCAUUCUGGGAUACCGUCAUCCACCGGCAUAUCCAAACCUGCUUGCCCUUAUAUCUGCUUCUGAACACCGCCAGCUAGAGCGCCUCUGUGGUCGCAUCCCACCCUCACACACUGCCAUUGUACUUUCCAGGCUCCAUGACCUUUUGGCCCACAAUGAUAUCCCUCCCUGGGAACUAGUGGGUGUCUUCAAGCAGGUUCUUAGGGACUUCCUGAGGAGACAGGAAGACGGCAUGCAGAGACGUCCAGCCUCUUCAGCUCCACCAACAAUUCUUUCUGCUCCCAGUCCACCUACAGAGAGUAAUGACAGAAAUGCCAUUGUUGGAAAUGCAUCUAAUUCUUUAUCAGAGGAGUCAGGGAAGCACAGGGAGGAAAUUCCUACCAUUUCUAGUUAUGUGGAUAAACAUUUGCGUGCUGCCUGUCCCUAUUCUAUGCACAGAGAGUGGAAUUUGCCUUUUUGCCAUCCUUUCGCAUAUGAGGCCUACAGCACCACAUUGUGAGAUACUUAAUUAUAGAUAUCCAACUUGUUCUCAUGGCUAUUCAUAACUAUUUUAAGGUGAUGGUUAUGUUUAAGAAUGGACCUUAAGGCUUUCAAAUCAUACAAAUCACAGCCAACACAUUCAUAUGAAAUUGACACCUCAUAAAAUAGUUGUGUUCCCUCAUGAGAUGGGCUUGAAAACUUUCCUGUUUGCAAAUUUCCUAGUUCUCAAACACAGAUCUACAGUUGCAUUGAAAAAUCAAGUGCUCAAGUUUAAAUAAAUUAGACUGAUUAAAAGUGAUUAGCAUGAUUAUGUAGUAUGUGAUGUUAAAACUUGGAAGAUGAGCCAUAAUCUUUUUGUAAUCGAUGAAUUAUGACAUGAAGUAGUCACUUUUUCAAUCAAAUAAUGUCAACAUCAUAAUAAUUGUUUAAAUUAAAUAAUUUAGAAUUUUAUAAAUAUAGCAUUAUUAAAAUUAUUUUUAAAAGGUGUCUAGUUAUACUCACUUUUUAUACUUUCAUGCUUUUUUGCCAUUUUAGGAGCUUGAAAACUGGUUAUUAUGAACUGUUGAGAAGAGCAUAUUCUUCAAAAAAAAAAAAAAAAAA